CGACGUUGGCUUCCAGAGAAAGAAGGGCGGGAUUGAGCGGCAUCCUCGGUGGAAAUACUGGAUUAUAGUGUUAGUUUCACCACGGUUAAAACUUUAAUUGACACGGGCAGAAAAAAAAAUUAAAUAUCUUAGGAAAUACAACUCGCUGCUAGAUAACAGACAGGUUGGCGGAAGGGGCUGUUUUUGGCCGAUUCACGGAGUAACGUCCGGGGUGAUGAGGCCAUGAAGGAGGUCAGGGGGCACGAGAGCCAAGACCGCAGGGGCAGUUGACGUUACAGCAGAGUUGGAGGAGGUGACUCACGGAGCACAGGAGCUAAACUGUUAGCAUUAUCUUAAAAGGUCAUGAUUAAUGUGUGAUUAAAACUAGUGUACCUGUUUUGGAGGCGGAAGUUAACCAGCUGAAUGUGGCUAUGGAAGUGCAGAACCAAUCCGCGUUCACAUCCUCCCAGAACAGCAGCUGCUCCUCCCCCCCUGAUGUGUUAACUCCAGAAAACCACGAUGACAGCCUGAUCCACAACACCCCCCUCCUCGGCACUGUGAUCCCCAAUCGUAUUUUUGUCGGGGGAAUUGACUACAAGGUUAAUGAGAGCGACCUGCGACAUGUCUUCUCUCAACACGGUGCGGUAAAAGAGGUGAAGAUUGUGAUAGAUCGCGCAGGAAUGUCAAAGGGAUAUGGGUUUGUUACAUUUGAGACUCAAGAUGAUGCUCUGAAAAUUCUUCAUAAUGCUAAUGGAAUCUGUUUCAAAGACAAGAAGCUCAGCAUUGGUCAGGCCGUCCGCAAGCAGCAAGCUUCAGUACAAACUAAGAGCACCCCUGUGGCCUUCCCUGACUCUGCCAUGCCUGUGCCGAUGUCCUGUGGGACAGUGUACUUGACUACGUCCACAGGCAAUCCCUACACCUACCACAACGGAGUGGCCUACUUCCACUGCCCCAACAUGAACCCUCCUGGCCGCCAUUGGCCUUCUCCUCCAGUGAUGCUUUCUCAGUCCCAUCAGCCCGUCUACCAGCAACCAGCCCAUCACCACUACCAGUGUGUCCCAAACCAGUAUCAGUGGAGUGUCGUCAAGUCACCAGUGCCCUCCAGUCCAGUCAUGUAUUCCCAGCAGUUUGAAUAUCUGUACCAGCCCGCUCAUGGAGGCUCUGUCCAGCCUUCUCUGCCUGUCAUGGAGGACACAACACCAGAGAAUCCGAUGUUUCCACACUCGCAGGUCCAUCUGAAGCCUAAGUACCGCCAAUACAUCCACCACAAGGACUAUCACUACCUGCCAGAGACUAUGGAGCCACCAGACGCCUCCAUGCUUCACCCUUCCCAUCCUCUCAUGUAGGCUAAACCCAGAGGCAGUUUCUCAGGGGGGAAAUCCCACACAGCACCACAACCUCUCAUUUCAGUUUAGUCACUUCCUCUACCUUCUCCAUGGAUUUAACAUUUAAUCUAUCAACUGUUCGACUUGUGCCUUACAACAUAGUGCAGUAUGUUUGAUGCGAUUUCAUAGCCCCACCAACUGGGCACAACAAAGGAAAGCUCUCACCUUGUAGGACUUACUAGACUUGCAGCACUCAGAUCUGUUUCUGUUUCUAUGUUGUAAUACAGUUUGAUGAUAUAAGUUUACUCUACCUUACAGUGGCUUACAUUGCGUACCGUACAUUGCAGUAGUCAAAGUGGAUAAUUAACACACAAUCUUAGUGAUAAUACAUGAGUUUUCAGUAAAUCAAAACUUUACUAUAGUAGUUGUGAUUACAUUACAACAAACGUCUUGAAAUGUGAAAAUACAGAUUUACAGGUUGCGUAUUAUUGAAACACAAGUUCUUUAUAUUCAGAUUUAAUGAUGGCUACAGCGCCUCAUCUCAGACCUGUCUCGUCGUUAUUGAGGGAUCUUUAUCCUUUUCACAAAAAAGUUGAAUUUAAAAAGCUGAAAUUAACAUUUAUAUUUGAUAAAAAUCAAUUUAGUUUAAAAAUCCUACAAAUGCACAAUAUUAAAAACAAAGUUAAUUCAAACAAUUACAUUUAUAAACCUGAUUAUAAAACAGAAAGUAAAACUUCUUCAGUACUUCAGUAGUAGCUCAGAUCUAUUGUCUUUCCAAUUUGGCUUGAACAUAACGAGAACCCAUUACUUUUAAAUAUUUUGCCUAAUUCGUAGCAUUGUUACUAGCAGAAAUCUGCUAGCUACAUGGUGCUUACAAGAUGUAGCUGAGAAUAUAAGAUCUUUUUUCUCACCAUCUCAACUCUCUCUCUUGUACAAUGACACAAUGCUGCACAUCUUCUUUGGAUCGGUGUUCACAUUAGUUUAAAAGGAUAUGAAAAAUGCAACACUAUAGUUGUUUCAGCCUCACAGCUGUUCAGUCAAUCCUAACAUUAUUACUAACAGUAAGAUGAUCUGAAUGUGCCACUGCAUCUUAUCUUGUAACCUCUGCUUGGCUGUAUCAGUGUCAAGAUCUUUCGGGACCCUCUGAUUCACUGUCACGGUCAUCACUGGAAAAAAUAUUAUUUGCUACAAUUUUUCAGUGUGAUGAUGUGAAGAAAUUUGCAUGCAGUAUGGUUACCUGACUGUUGCCUGUACUGACGUAACAGCAACAUGACAAUUUAGUAUAUUCUUUAAAAAGCAGGCUGAUUGUUAGGUGUAUUUGCAUAUUUAGCAGUUUGAACAGCACAAUGCAUCUAUGAAAGUGUACUGGUUUCUUAGCAAUUUUGUAUUUCAGGAAUCAUACUUUUAUAUUUCUCAAUAUAUAAGGAGGCUGGCGUAAAAACAAACUAUGUACAGAUUUGAGCAAUAAUAAAUCUGGGAGUUUUAAGCACACAGGGACAGAUUUGUAAUCACAGAUGAUGGUGUGAGUGUGCCUUAAGAGCUGCUGUGUCUCUUUAUUUGAGGUACUUGUAGGGCUUCACUUGCUCCCUGCUUUCAAAGCUGCUCACCCAGAUUUGACAGUAUUUUUAGUACGUGAAAUCCACUAGAUUUGCCCUUCAAGUGAGCUGUCACAUGUUAAACUGUGCUUUCUAAGUAACAUCAGGUGACAUCCCAUUUUGUUCCCAUUGGCUAUUUUAUUUUAACAUUGUAGAAAGAGAUUUAAGCCUGUUGAAACCUGUUAGCCUUAAAUUAUUUCAUGUGCUCAGAAUAUCAGAAAAAGACCAUUUGCUGGGCUGUUUACAAAUACUAAACAAGCCUGCAUAUGAAUAUAAAUGAUAUUCAAUUUAAAUGAUAAUUCCUUAUAUAAUAACAUUUUUCCUUAGAUAUUUUAUUGCACAACAACUCAAUCCUAACUCUUUAAUAUCCCUGUCAUAUUUGUUCAGUUUGAACUAUUUGUGCUUAUAAUUCAGGUAAAAUGUAGCCAGUGUCAUUUCACAACAGUGUUGUUUGUCUUAUUUUAUUUUAAACUCAAUAUAUUUUUUCAAACUUUUUUCUGUGAUUAAAAGCAGAAGGCAAAUUAUAUAACAAAAAAAACCUAAUGUAAAAUAUGUUUGUGAAUUGUUUACAUUCUCACUUGUUGUAUAUUUUUAGUUCAGAGUGUUCUUGGUUCUCGAAUGGAAAUAAAUGUUUCCUAUGGUGUA